UUCAUCUUCACAUCAAAGACAGAGAUAAGAGGAAAAUGUUCUGCCUGAGGGGUUUCGUUGUUUCUGUCACUUGCGUGGCCGCCCUCGUUGUCCAGUCAGGUCAUGGCUCUGAGAUUAUUGAUGGGACAAAAGUGGACACCAACUCGCUGCCUUUCAUGACUCUGUUGAUGGAUAAAUUGAUCUGUGGAGGGACGCUGAUCAGUCCAGAUUGGGUCCUGACUGCUGCCCACUGUGCUAAUCCUGCCCUUAAGAAUGUGCUCUUGGGGGUGCGCUCCUAUAGUGCAAAGAAUGAUUCCAGGCAGGUCAUCCAAAUUGAGCGUCAGAUUCCUCAUCCCUGGUACGAACCGGAGGUUCAUGUCAAUGACCUCAUGUUGGUCAAGCUUAAAAAGAAGGCGAAAAAAACCAAAACAGUGAAUUGGCUCCCGCUGGGCAAGACCAUCAAAUAUCCAGCAGAUGGCUCCAACUGUCUGGUCGCAGGAUGGGGGAAAACAAACAAUAACAAAAAAGGAACAAUGUCAGAUGCCCUGAUGUCUGCCAAUGUGACUGUGAUCAACAGAAAAAAGUGCAACUCUGCUCAGUUUUACAACAGAAGGCCUUUUAUCACCACUGGCAUGAUAUGUGCCGGAUCAAAUGGCAAAAACAAGGCUGAUACCUGUCAGGGGGACUCCGGAGGGCCGCUGUUGUGCAACGGAGUGCUGCUUGGAGUCACUUCUUUUGGGGGAAAGGAUUGUGGCGAGGCUAACAAACCUGGAGUUUACGCUUUUCUCUCAGAAAAGCAGCUCGGCUGGAUCCAAAAGACGAUGAAGAAGUCUGAAAUAUAAUGAGUCACCACGCCUGUCUUUUUACUGCUUCUAUGCUGCAUUCCAUUUAUCCUCAUUGUAUACAUGUAUAUACUGUUAUCGCUGAGAUUGGAGGGGUGUGUCUUUUUUGUGCCUUUCCUAAAUUAAGAGCUAAAGUAAGACAAAAGGUUUGAAAUUUGUCUUUAGUUGCCAUAAUUUUCGCUGCAGUCAUUUGCAUGUCCGGCGCACAAGCCUACAGCAAUAACCAAGCAUUACUUUGAAGGCCAAGGAGAAAAAAAAAUAAAAUUAAAAUCAUCAAGCACUGUAUUUGUGCUUUUAUUUUCCAGCUUCAAACAAAUAUGUAGAUGUGUACAUAUAAAGUCUAGCCAGAGACUUCCAGUAAGUGCAGGGGUCUGCUCAAGGAAACGGCCUACUUCUGCAGUAAAAAUCAGACCAGAUUGCAAAGGUGAUUCCUUUUUCCAAGAUGUACGCCACAGAGAAAUCUGAGUGAAUAUGAAAGCAAAACACCAAAGUGAUGUUAUUCGCCCCAUCGACCGGACUGAUUUACCACUUUCUUCUCCAAAGGCUCAAACUGACACUGAGGUUCAGGGUUAGGGUUUCAGCUCAAGUCUUAUGAAAAUGUUUUGAGACAAAGUAUAAUUUGCAUGCAUUAUUCUUAUUACUGCCUCAUCUGAAAGACCUUUUUUUUUUUUUUACUGUUUAGGGGAAUGAAUAUGUGUUUUCUCUCUGCCUCUCACAAUGCAAUAGCUCCUCACAGGCUGAUGUUUCAGUUCUGGUUUCAGGACGUGUGUUCAUA